AUGAUUUACCAUUUAUUUUUACAAAUUUGCAUAGCUCAUGUAUUAUAUUUAAGCAAUAAAUCUGAGACGUGGACAAAGAUAUACUUGGCAUUUACAAUUAAUGUACCAAAAAACGAACUUAUUUCAGUUGUGUUGUGUGAAGUUAAUAAAAAAAUAACCACUCAAAUGUUUGAACCUAUUUCUGAAUAUUCACUAAAAGAGCUUUACAAUGAACUUGGUGCGUAUGUUGAACCAGAUAAGCUUAAAGAAGAAUUUAUAACCUCUCCGUAUAUUUAUGAACUAAGCUGUUCAUUUGCUCGUUUUAAUCCUGAAUAUCAUUUUUGUUUGUGUCUUUGGGCCGAGCAGAUAAAUGAAAAUAAAAGUGCUUAUAGCUUGCAGCACAUUAAAUUUAAUUUGGAGACAAGGUUUUACAAUAUUCAUUUUGACAAUGAUUUGAAAUUUACAGCAUCUGAAAUGUUUGAUGAUGUUAGUACAGUUAUUUUAGAUUCAAUAAAGAAAACAAAAUCAAUUAAAGAGAUCAGUGAAACGGCAGAGAAAUAA